AUGUCUCCAGCAGCCACCAACAUCUUCACUUUGACGCACAACUCCAAGCUUCCCGAUCUCUUGGAUGCCAACCAGAAAUGGUGCCACGACACCACUCAACAACACCCCACUCUAUUCCGGGACUUCAACGCCAACGGUCAAUCACCCCACACGCUUUUCAUCGGAUGCUCCGAUUCUCGCUACAACGAAAACUGUCUUGGAGUGAUCCCUGGUGAGGCAUUCACAUGGAAAAGCAUCGCCAACAUCGUCAAUGACCAGGAUCUAACGUGCCGUGCCACGCUGGAGUUCGCCAUUAACGUGCUAAAGGUCAACAAAGUUGUCAUUUGCGGCCACACCGAUUGCGGCGGGAUCAACACCUGUUUGGCCCACAAAAGAGCAGACCUACAAAACGGCUCCUGCAACUAUCUAUACCAGUACCUGCAAGACCUGGACGACCUGUACCACGAAAACAAGAGCGAUCUGCUAGCCUCAACCAAAAGCGUCAAGGUGCAGAGCAGCACGCUUUCGAGGCUCAACGUCCAAAGACAGAUCAACAACCUGCUGGCCAUCGACACUGUCAAGGAGGCCCUGGCCCGCGCCGAAAUCGAAGUCUACGGUCUUCUGUACGACGUUGCCACUGGUCUUGUUGAGCAGGUCUCCGAGAACAAGUAG